AUGGCAGAUGCCACCAGCAAGCCAGCAAAUAUGGGGGACUGCGGGGAGCAGCUGAAUAAUACAAUGAACAAGCUGGAUGCAAUCCUAGCUGCCUUCUGGACCAGGAUCUCAGAGAGUGCACAGACCACAGCUGAUACCAAGCGGGUUGCUCCCGAGCCACAACACCCGGCUCUCACAGGCCCCAGGGGGCGGACACAGUCCGAUAGCCACCAGAGGCUCCCCAACAAGGUGCCGAAGACGGGAUCGGAGACUCAAACAGACACACAGAGCCUGUCUCAAUACAAGCACCCGCCUCCAGCCGCAUCAAAACCACACCAGAUAUGUGGCACCCAGCUCACCAAGACGGCGCCAACCACCCAAUGGAACAAUCCUGCUACACCAUAA